UCUCAGAAACAGCGAGACAAAAAGAGUCCGACCAUAUUUUGAAGCUGUUCGGAAAACUUGUCAGGAAUCAAACAGCUUUUGUGAAAAAUGUCUGCCGAGGGAGAAGGUGUAGAGAAUAAAGUUGCAAAUGACGGCAACAGCGAGGAGCAACAGACGAAAGAAGAUUCCCCUCAAGUAGGAAUUGCCGUCGAUCCAACACAGCCCGUCGAUCAAAAUGGCGGCGAUAUUGAUCAUGAUUCUGCACAAGUCGUCACAGUUACGGAGAAAGAAGAUGUUGCUGAAAAAGAUGAUGAGGAGAAAAAAGAAAAGAACGAAGUUGUCGAUGCGAGUAUUGAUCCUAAGAACUCAAUUACUACUGAAGAAAUUAGCGAAAACCCUCCCGAAGAACAACAAAGUCCAGCGAGUCAAAAAGAGGAUCCAAAAAUGGAUGAACCAGCCAUGUCUGUUGUUAUUUCAGAACCAGAUAAAGACGUCGUAACGCAAGAAGCGAAUGCUCAAACUGAGGGCAGAGAAUCACCCAUUGGGAAUGCGGGUGUUUCUGUCGACAGUCCAGGGAAAGGAGAUAACAGAGUGAUCGAAACACAGUCAGAAAGCGACUCACCUCUAGUGGCUCCUCCUACAUCCAAAGCUGAGAAGUCUAUAGAUAAUGAAAUCCCAGCGAAAAAUGUCACAGGUCACCCUGAGUCUGGGGGAAUAGCUAAGGAUGGCUUUACCGCAAACGUUAAAUUCAUCAUUAUGCCAGAAGGCCAUGUACAGAGCAUGACUUGUUCCUUAAAGCAGUCCUUCUCUGAACUAAGAAACCAUUUUUCAUCAGAAUUUAACCAGCCACCUCAAGUGAUACUGAUGAUAUUUGAUGGAAAAAUGGUAGAAGACCACACAGUGUUAUCAGACCUGGGUGUUCAAUCUGGACAGACAGUACAGGUAGAAAUUCAGUCAGCAGAUCCUGUCAACAGACCUUUACAUUACAGGCAGGCAUCACCGGCCUACAAGCUACCAGAUAAAGUCAAUGUCAAAGUAGAAGUUGGUGGCAAAGAAGUUGAAGUUGUUGUUUAUAUCGUACAAGAGACUAGAAAAAAGCCAUUUUUGGGUGGCUACAAACAUAGACUGACAGGAGUAGAGUUCCAUAAUGCAUCUGUACAGACCUUACCCAAGGUCCGUGUUCCAUCAUCUGUUGAGAAGUUUCAUCGUGACACCCAGACAUACAAGCUGCGAAACAGAGUCCAACAGACAACAAAUACUACUUCCACGCAAAUGACCAAGGAUGGCUGUUAUGUGUCAAAUGUCCAAGAUAAAAUACUGAUACCUGGAAAAUAUGUCACAGCUGAACAACAACACAGGAAAAUUUUAAAGAAGGUAAUCAUCCUUCAAACAUACUGGAGAAGAUGGCUGGCAAAGAAUUAUGUUCAGAGACUAAGAGAGGAUCGCAAACGACGUCAAGAAUGGGAGAGACAGGAGGAACUAAGAAAACAGAGAGAAAGAGCUGAAAGAAUUAAGAGAGAAUGGGAGAGAAGAAUAAAUCCUAAGACAAAGGAAGACUUUGAUCUUCUCUAUGCUCAUUUAGAGAAAUGGCGUAAUGAAGAGAUGGCUAUAAUAGAUGAGCUAUAUGCAGGCCCUGAGCGAAAGGCAGCUCUUGUAGGCUUAUUAGAACAGGAAGCAUACCUAAUUGCUUCCAUUGAUAGGCACAAGCUCUCUGCAGAUGAAGAAAACAGAGACAAAAGAGUCAAGAACUUCUUGAACAAGGCUGCUGCUCCAAAACAGUGGAAAGCUUUUGACGGCAAGAUAACUGAAAUGGACACGCCUUACACUAUCCGUGCCCAGGAGUUACGGGACAUUUACAGCACGCUCAGCAUGAAGUACCUAACACAGGAUGAAAGGCUGGACGUACUGCUGACUCUUAAGCACACAGUAAAAGAACACGACUGUAAACUGACACAAGAGAUUAUUGAGCUCAUUGAUAGAGAAGCUGACUUGCUGAUGAGAGGUGUCAAGGAAUCCAAUCUUGAAGGUUUACGCAAGAGAAUUUUAACCCUGUUCCUUCAGUACUGCAAAACACCUCUUUUCAAUCCUGAGGCGGCUCGUCUGAUCAAGGUUCCGCAAGAUCCAACAGUAUUACGUAAAAACAUCUAUUUCUGUCCAAGUUGCAAUGCAUACCUACCAUCAACGGAGUUUCAACUCUCGUCAAAUUCAAGGGUCGUCGGAAGGUGUAGAAAAUGCACCAAACUUGACAACGACGCAAGAUUACGGCACGACUUCUCACAGUACAGAGUCAUGUUGAAAGAUCUGAGACGUUCUGAGGAAAGCUUUGAAGACGGUUCCAAGGUCGCCUACUUAUUACAGGAGCCCGACCUGCGUUAUCUGGUGGAAAAUAUUUGGAACAGUCAGAGUGUGCUGAGCGCUCAUGAGGACCUGUUCGAUUUGGUGCUUGUUCGAUGGAACAAAUAUGAGGAGUGGUCCCCUUGGAAUUGUAUCUUACUCACAAAAGAAGAGGCAUCGGCACAUGCUAAGCUCGAGAACGUCACCGAGGCUUACGGACGCAUGUUUAUCGGCAAGAUUCUCCACAAACAUGUCCUGGCAAGGAACUACUUUUCACGGCUGCCUGGAAUGGCUGAGCACAUGAAGAAAAUAUCAGUCCAGAGUCAAGGAUUAGCUAACAACGGACUCAGAGCAGCUUCGCUGAAAGCGUAAAUCCGUUCGAUUAACAGAACUUACUUGCCCGUUGUUUCACACCUUUCAAAUUUUAGUUUUGAAAAUGUAUUAUUCGGUCAAAAUGAAUGAAUUUGGGAGAGAAGGAAUCGAUUUCGCCCUUUUGGAUGGAUUUUUUGACCAGUGCCUGUAGAUAUGUAUUAUUUUCCUUGAGGAAAAUAACGGAAUCGUUACGCGGGUCAUGUUGUAAAUAAAUUGAUAGUUUACUGGAACAAGCA